AUGUUAUCGUUAAUCAUAUAUUCUACCAAAGAAAAAUUUAAUGAAUUUAUCUCCACUUUCUAUAAAUGUUCUUUUAAUACUUCUGGCAAACCAAAAGAAAUAGGAAAGUGCCCAGGUAUUGUUGAAGAAGAAAAAGUUCGUUUUUUAUUAUUAUAUCAUGGUCUUAGCUAUAAAUUCGAUGAUCGUCACACUGCAAUUUAUAGUUCUUCUGGUAAUUUCUAUUCAGUUUGCCAAGGUUAUGGUAAUGUUUUAACAGGUCACACAUUUUGCCAAAUAUGUGGUUACUUAAGUAUUAAAACUAACAAAGAAUACUGUUACUUUAAAACCUCAAUCCACAUCGAUCAUAGAUUAAAGGUAAAGCCAACCAAAGUAACGGAUCCGUUGGUAUCCAAUCUUACAAGUCUUCUUGAAAAAGAUCCAAAUUUCAAAGAUACUUUCUUUUAUACCUUCUUGACCGAUCAAACAAAAACAUUGCUCACUGGAAAAGGUGUUUGGUCCGAAUCAUCGCUCAGUUUUCUUGCAACACUCAAACAUCAUUGUGGAUCAAAGAUAUUUGGCCUUUUAACUGGUACAAAACCCCUUCGUUAUAGUUAUGGUGGUAUCCCCUGUCCUUCAGAAUCAUCAAUUGCACGUUUCAAUAAAGAACCUAAUUGUUUCUAUGAAAUGAAUUCAUUUCUAGAAUACAUACUCUUAGAAAUGACAUUGAUUCAUCGAGUGCCGAAAAGAAUAAACCAUACUAUGUAG